AUGGAUCUACGCUACUUUGCUAUAACAAACGAGAAACAUAUCGUUUGGCAUCGGUCGUUCUCAAAACGUAGCUUUGAAGACGUGGUACUUAAAUAUCUGUUAUGUAAUCCUCCAGAUCAAGAUAUAUACUAUAGCGAAGGGGAUUUCUCUCUUCAUUGCCUGACCGUUUCAGGACUCUCCUUUAUCGCGGUAACCGAUCGAAAUGCUUCUCGACAAAAAUUUCGGAACUUGGUUGUAGAGGUUUCUCGCAAUUUUCUAAGCGAUGGUACAAGAUUUCAAAGGGCUAAAAGUGGUGGUAAAGAUUGUUUACAACAGUCUUAUAAUAUAACCUUGGAAGAUUUGAUGGAAUCACCCAACUCUUCUAAGGGAAAUGAUUCGUUGGACCAGUUACGUAAUAAUGUGAAUACUGUAACAGCUGUAAUGCAAGAGAAUACUAGACUAGCGCUUCAACGAGGUGAUCGGUUAAACAAUUUGGUCAGUAAAACAGAUGAACUUGCAGCCAGCGCUAAUCAAUUCCAAACAACUGCUACAAAGGUGGCCCGAAAAACUUGGUGGGAAAAUUUUCGUAUGAAAUUAAUUAUUGUUGGCGUUGUCGGUGGCAUACUUCUGGUAAUUGUGAUAAUUAUACUCUGGCAGACUGGAGUGUUCAAUAGCAAAUCGCAACACCAGUAA